UGGAAAAAAGAAAAACGAGAUAGUCUUGAAAGCUUGAGUCGAAUUUCCACAUUACCUAGAACUAACAUGAUAGUUAGCAGUAGUGGGGGUGCUCGCUUUGGUCAGAUAGUGUCGAUGACUUCUAGCCCUCAAGCUUCAUCUGGUGCAUCUAGCAUGCAGCUUGUACCUCUUGUUAACAAGCCUAUCCUUGAGAAAAAGGCAGCUGUCUAUGUUGAAGUUGUAAAGAAUCUAAAUGAUGCAAGAGAACGUGGAUUACCAUUUAAACCUGCGACAGCUUUCAAGGAUGCUUAUGAAAGUUUAGGUCUGGAUGCAUCUGGUGGAAAAUCCGUUCAUUUUCAGAAGAUUUGUAACUGGUGAAGACUCAUCUGUUCCAAAAAGCGUGUCAAAAAAGACGUCUUUAAUUAUUGGUGCAAGGCACCAUCUUGAGUGGGGUCAUGAAAAAUAU